CAUCAAACAUGAGAGUGUUUAGCGUAUCAUAGCAACAAGUGUCAAACUGCUCUGCUGCCAGGUGCUUAGUUUACCACUGAACAUAAGGACCUCUCGGUAUCAUUAUGGACGGGACAUGCAGCCCUUUGGAAGUCAGAUGGGUUCAAGGAAUUAACAAAAACAAUGUUCAUUUUAUUGACUACAAAACAGUGUGUUACCCGAGUGGAAAUUUUGUUAUAUUUAUCGACAUAGAAACAAGAAAACAGUCGGUUCUGCAAUGUACCACUGGAAGUAUUGGCGCAUUUACAGUUAAUAUCUCCAGUAAUAUUUUGGCUUUCUCAAAUCAAAAGCUUAAACCAAACAUUUAUGUUUAUUCUUUCCCAGGAUGUGGCGAAACUGCAGAACUAAAAGGUGGAGCCCAGCUGAAUUACUCUUUAAUUGAAUUUAGUCAUUCUGGACCCUACCUGGCUAGUUAUUCCACUGCGCCUGACCAUGUUCUUACAGUCUGGAACUGGCAGGAAUGCAUUCCUCUUUGCAGCAGUUCAGAAUCGAGUGCUGUCUUUACCAGUUUGACAUUUAAUCCUACAAAUUGGCACCAGCUGUGUUCGUCUGGUGAAACAUCUCUUACUGUGUGGAACAUUGAAAUAUGUGAUAAAGUACACCAUUUAAAGGCCGUGCAAGUGACACUUCCUUAUGAGGAUGGAGCAGUGGGUGCCGCAGUGGGACAUUUUAAUGUUCCAAUAAAUACUCAGCUCUCCUACUAUGGACCUGUGAUGCCAAAAUCCGCUAUUGCUGGCUUAGUGGGUAAUGCAGCGGAAACAUUCACACCAAAAGAAGAAAGAAAACCCUUUGUUCAGCCUAACGUACAUUGCUGGAGCUCCACAGCUGAUUUAUAUGUAGGCUGUUAUGGAGGACAUAUACUCUCCGUCAAUGCCGAGACUCACCAAGUUACUGUACUAAAACAAAAAGACCUAUCUGGCAAUGAACGCUCUAACAGUGUUGAUGAAGAAAGCAUCAAACACAUAAAGACAAUGGCACUUCAUAAAGAUGGACUCUACGUUGCUGGAAGAGAUGGUAUAUUGCGUUGCUGCUAUAUGAAAGGAUCAGAAUAUACAGUGAAAGAAUGCUGGAAUGCUGAGGAUCCAAUUGAAAGUAUCUGUUUUGCCCCUGGUUAUAAAAUUAUGUCUGUUGCAACCAAUAAGGGCUCACUACAUAUGUAUAGCCAUAAAAUCCCAGAAGAAUCAUUCACAUUGAUAAGUGCAUAUAAUGAAGACUUAAUUUGUGCUGAUUUUGUUACCUCUGGAAAGAAAUACUGUUUGAGUGCAGCAAAAUCUGGGGAACUCAAGCUGUGGUCAGUGGAGGAUGGAACAAACCUCAGCAAUCUGUGUCUGAAUAUACAGGCCACCGCUUUUGCAUGCUGCCCUUCCGCCCAUUACGCAACAGUAGGAAGCAGCUCAGGGCAUGUCUAUUUUAUUGAUGUGCUUGAUGUAGAAAAUCCUCGCAUUGUUGAAAGAAAGAGACUUUAUCAUGUCCCUGUACAACAUCUGCAUUUUGACCAGCAAGGGCAUUUUCUGCUGACUGGAGCUGCAAAUGGACAAGUUUUUAUUUUAGAUGCCAAACCUUCUACUUCAUUUCAAGUUCUUGGAUACACAGAGGUUGGUGGAAACAUACUUUCCUUGUCUACAUUGAGCUCCAUAUACAAGGAACACAUUCUAGCUUUGGCCCUUGUCUGUCCCAUGGGAGAAAAUGAAGAAGAGGAAGAUGCAACAGUCCUGGAAUUAUUUUCUCUUACACUACACAUCUUAUCGGACCUUGCUAAACACAUUGAUUACAGAGGAAUGUUUAAGGAUAACAUGAUACAGAAGCGUCAUUACCAAACACAGUACCCUUUAGUUUCUGCAGUUAUGGGAAGUGAUGGCUAUUCAGUCUAUGGAUUUGGCUGCAGUUCAUCCUUCAUUUACAGAUAUGUGAUUCCAAAGGAGAACUCUGAUGAUCUUGGAAGGAUUUUGAUGGCAGAGGAGAAGGUACGUGGAAGUCAACUUAUGCCUGGAUUUAUUUGCCUGUCUCCUCAUCAAAAAUGGAUGGCAAUAUCAGCAACAGAUGGAUCUUUAUAUGUUCGGGAGUCAUUUAACAAAAAAAGCUUUGCACAGGUUUCUUGCCAUUCCUAUCAGACAGGAGGGAUCGGCUCAACUGCCUUUUCUUUGGAUGGACAUAGUAUUAUUACCACUGGAAAAGGAGAUGGUACACUUGUGUGCUUGAGCUGGAAAUCUACUGGAGAGAGCAAGCUACAUGCAGCUAUGGAGUAUGGGAAUUCCCUUAUACGUUCACUUGAAGCUAAAAUGUCUCAAGAAGAUCAAAGUUUAAGGAAAAUGUCAGUAUGGGAGAUAGAAUCACACUCAUCGGUCUUACAAGAGGAAGAAAGAGCAGAAAAGGAUACAGAGGAUAAAAAGCUAAGUGUGGAGCUAAAUGAACAGGAGGACAGCAGCCCAGAUAUGCUAUCAAGUGCUUCAGUGGAUGCUACGUGGCUUGAUCAGAAACUGGAUGAGGCAAGAAAGGAAGAAACGCACAAGUUUGCUGAAAAGAAGAAUAACUUAAAAAAAGCCAUAAAAGAACUUCGACAUCAUAUACAGGCAAUGAUGAGAGAAAAUGAAUCAUUACCAGACAUUGAAAAGUUGGAUCAGCAGGAGUUUAACCUGGACACAGAGGAGCAAAAGAGACUGCAAGCUGAGAGUGAGGAAGAAGUAUCAAGAGUGAGAAAAGAGAUUGAAUUUGACAAUUUGUCCAAACAAUACCUGCGUGAUGUAAUCAAACAGGAAUGCUGGGACUCUAUGGCCAUUAAAGGACAUUCUGUUGUCGCUUUUCAUAAAGACUAUGAAGUCAAGAACUACCCCCUUAAGGAGCGAGCACCUAAAGACCUUGAAGAAUAUGCUAGAGUGAUAAACAUCAAGAAGACUGAAUCAGUUGAUCUCAAAAUUAGAAAAGAAAUCGUAGAAUUUCAUUCAAAACUUACAACCGCAGAAGAUGAGGAAACAGAAGAGGAAAGUGUGAAGAAUGAAGACAUGACUUCACUGAUUGGCAGCUUGAGUGACAAGUAUGGCGGAAACACCUCUGAUUUGUACAGCCAGCUAGAACUCCAUUCCAGAGAAGAGAAAAUCAAUCAGAUCAUAUUGCUGCAGAACAUAAUCCACAAUGUCAAGACAUCUUUCAAUAAAGAGUUUGAUAUGGUGUACAAGCAAAAGGAGCAAGAAAUUUCUCGAGUGAAAGAAAGAAACCAGAGGAUCCAGGAAAUCAUGACAGAGCUAAAUAUACAAGAAAAAAUAUUUCAACCAACAUUUACAGAAAAUGAAAAACCAGAGAGAGAUCUAACUGUAGAAGAUUAUGAGAUAAAAGUAGAAAAAAUUCUAACCGCUGAACAGAAAGCAGAAGCAGAACAGCUGGCCAAACAGGAGGAAGAAAAGCGCCUGGCUGCACAAGCGGAUAAUGCUAAACAACGUGCUCUUAAUGACAUGAUGGGUGGUGUGCUGGAGAUGAAGAAGGAAGAUAUCUUAAGAAUGGAAGUCCCACAGCCAGCUUUUCUAUCUAAACCAGAAGCAGAAUGGACUGAAGAUGAAAAAAAAGUAUUUAAAGAGUAUGAUAAAAAAUAUAAGGAGCUCAGUGAGGAAAAAGAGAAGUAUAGAAAGACACUAGAAGCAGAAAUGAAAAAGAUUCAGUCAUCUAUUAUGGAAUCGACACAAGGAUUUGAUGAGGUUUUAACCAGACUGUUUGAGAGGAAAGUGAAAUCAGAAAUGGUCAUUUAUCAGGAGGAAAUGAAAAUCAGUAAUCUAGUUUACUCACUUCUAAUUGAAGAGGAAAUGAAUGCAAGAGUGGCACAGCUAAAUUGCACCUUAGAGAAGAUACGUAAACAAAAGGCUCAGGCUGCUGAACUAGUCAAUGUUUUCAGAGCUGAAGUUGAAGCAUACAGGGAAACCUAUGACAAUUCGGUGGCAGAAGAUAAGCUUUUAGACCGGGGAUUUAGGAAAGAGUUUUCUGAUGUUCCUGCGCAUCUAGUUGACCAGCUUUACAAACUUUAUAAACGAAGACCAAGAGUUCAGCGCCUGAGGACACAAACAGAUAGUGCAACACCAUUGGGCAACCGACCAGGAACUCCAAAAGCCCAUAAUGAUUCCAUUGUUCAGCUACUGAAAGCAAUGGAUGAACUAGACACCCCAGAAAAUAAGCCUGAAGGAUUAGAAAUGUCAGUGUGGGAGCGUUUUUGUCAAAGCAGGAGAUCAAAAAUUGAGUAUGAGCAGCAAGUGAAGCACAAAGCUCUUAUUUUAGCCGAAAUGCAAGCAUUCCUGCAAAAAAGGGUAGAAGAAGAUGAUAAGAUACGACAGGAUACUGAAACUAUCAUGCAGGAUCUCAACUUGUUACGUAACGAAAAAAUGAAGUUUCAGUUAGACUUGACUGUCCAGUUCCUUCUUAAACAAGGCCAGGUUGAAGUGCAGGACACAAAUUUAAUGCCUGAUUUUGCAGAUGCUUUAUUACUGCACAGAAAUGUAAUUGAAGACUUAAAUAGCACAAUACGGGGCUUAGGAGAACAGAAAAUAGCAAGCAUGGUAGAAAGCAAAGAUUUUCGGAAAGGAAUUGUACAACUUGAAUGGGAACAUAGGAAAAUACUGAUGGAGAUGGAAGAUCUAAAAAGGAAAUGCAAGGACAUCGUGCAACUUCGAGUUUCAAAAGAGCUCCAAACAUAUCUCAAUGUGCCAGAUUAUGAUAAACAGGUUACAGACCAGAUAUCAAUCUUAGAGGAAACUCUCAAUGUUCAAGAAAAACAACAUGAGAAAAAUAUAAAGAACUACAAAAGAAUGCUUAAAGAAUUGGAAAGGAAUAUGAAUAAAAAGAAAGAGGCUAAUUCACAGAUAGAAAAUGAUUUGCAAGAAAUGCUGGCCGCAUUCUCAGAAAGAAAACAUAUUUAUGAUGUAGUCGGGGCAGAGCAAAGUUCUGAGAAGGACUCACGAUAUAUGGAUAUUGUACAGCGAAGGAAACUAAUAGACCUUGCAAAGAAACAAGCACAAGAAAUUGCUGUGCUCAGAGCUGAAGUAGAUCGGCUGCGCAUGAAAACCUUCCCUGCAUUGGUGCAAAUGGAAUACUAGUCACUAAUGCAAGAUUUUCAUUUGAUUAGAUUUUAGUUUUUUUCUUAAAGGCUAAAUACAAGCUAUAAUGUAUCUCUUUUUUACACUAUUAAUAUUUUUACAUAAUAUCUAUUAUUAUAUACUGUCCAGGCCUGAUUUAUAAAGAUUAUAAUUAAACAAAAUAUUUGCUGCAUAAAAAUACCAUUAAAAUUUUCACUUUCUAAAUGAUAAA